AUGGUGCAGCUGUCUCCUUCCCCUACCCUGGAUGUCAGCCCUCCACCGGAGCGCUCAGAAGUGGGGGAGGAAAGACAGGACCAGAUGACGGAUGGCAGCCCAAAGGUGGGCUCGCCCGGUGGUCUGAGCAUCCUGCAGCUCAGCCUGGAGGCCUCCACGGCCUACCAUGGCUACGAAACCUACAUAGAAGAUGGUCUCAUCUGCCUCAAACACAAAGUCCGCAACUUGGAGAAGAAGAAGCUGAAACUGAAAGACUACAAGAGGAGGCUGAGCCAGGGCGAGGCCCUGAACAAGGAUCAGAUGGCAGCUGUGGAGAAGUACGAGGAGGUGGUGCAUAACCUGGCAUUCGCACAGGAGCUGCACAAAACCCUGGACGGCUUGACCCAGAAUUUGCUGAGAGCUCACAAGAAGGCAGUGAAGAAGGAACAGGUGGCGAAGGUGGAGGCGGAGAGGAGGCGUCUGAGCACUGUGCUGCAGGUCCAGCACCUCCUCCACAGCCUACAGCAGGAGCACGUGAGGAGAGACCUGCUAGCUGGCCAGAACCAGGCACCUCACAUCCCAGCCCAGCGGCUGCAUAGCCUGAGUCAGCUCGCCGCCCUGCUGGGAGUCCAGAGGGAUAGCAGACUGAGUUUAGAGGAACAGAUGGAGCAGGCGGCUCUGGUCUACUUGGACCUGUUGGAGGGGAAGGACAAGCCAGUGGCUGGAUCCACAUUUAAGCUGUUGAAAGAGGAGCUCACCAGGCUGUCGAACCACAAGUACUUCAGUUGUCUUCCGCCUCCACCCAACAAGUGUCCUGAGCCGGUCCUGAGAUCGACCAGCCACAGCAACACUUCAAAGUCAAAACCAAAUGAGGUUUCUAAGGAGUUUUUCAACAGACUGUACCAGACUGACAUGGCGACUCCUCCCACUCAGAGCUGGAAGGAGGACUUCCAUGCGAUGAGGGAGCGGGAGCCUCCUGACUGCUGGGACACGGAGCUCUCAGACGGGGUCAUCUCGCCCAAAGCGCCGGUCCACAAGCCGUGGAGAGGGGCUGCCACUUUCAUCCCCAAAGUCCCAGUCAUGAAGAAACAGUCUGCUCAAUGCAAACAGAGAAAAGAGAGGCGAGCCAAAGGAGUGCAACAUGCCAAAUCGGUAGUUCACAUGGAAAUGCCUGUGGAGGUUUUCAACUCUCCAUCUGCCUUGCCCAAAGACCCCAUCCUGAGGAAGCAGCACCUAGAGGACCUGAUGACAAAGAUCCAUGGCUCCUUCACUUUCAUGCAGGACUCUCUUCUGGAUGUAGAGAUCUCCCCCACCCAUGACCUCCCCAGACGGAAGAGACGGCCAUCUGGAUCUCCCUCUCCACUGGCUCACGGAGACUUGAGCAGCCAAAGUGAUGUCCUUCCCAAAGCGAUGCAUUCCACCCCACUGCCUGCCAGGCUUAUGGAGCGCAAAGCCAGUCUAACAAAUGGGGAUCAGUGCCUGGAAACCUGUGACCUGGAACUUUCCCCGAAGGACCUACCUCAUGAGCCAGUGCAGUUGGCUGAAAGAAAGAAGUUUCCUUCACCACCACUUUACCGCAGGGAGUCGACCAUCUCUGUCAAUCUGGAGGAGAAGAGCCGUCCUCAUACGCCGGUAGCUCAGUCACGGGAGCAGUCCCCCUGCAAUGGGGUGGCAACAUGCACUUCCACCUCCUGUCAGGGACAAACUUUCACUACACCUCCCUCUAGGCGGACUCUGACGUCUACACAGUUUCAAAACAUCCAAUCAGUCUUCAAGGUGAAAGCCUCCUUACCUCAGAAUGGGGAACUUGAUUACAAACCAGAUUCAGCAGUUUUCCCCGAGCCCAGGUACAGCACUGCCAGUACCCAAACACCACCCGAGUUUGCUCCCUCAGAAGACGAACCACAGCCGGUGUACCAGUCAGAUUAUACAGCUGGUAGUGGUGGACAGAUCUUCCCGUCCCCGGGCCAGUCGGGUGGAAGCGUGAGUCGACCCGACCAGUCAUACUACACCAGAGGAUCCGUGAGAGGUAUGGCACGUGGCGGCAAGGGACUGGCACAAACCUUUCGCUCUUCUGGUUGGCAUCGAGGAGGAUCCUACAUCCCCCAGACUCAUUUCAGGGACUCUGGCCCUCUCCUCUAUGCUGCUAGAGACUCUGGAUACCAACAUAGCUAUAGACGUGGAGGAGGGAGGCAUAGCUCCAGUGCGUGGAGUGACUCUUCGCAGGUGAGCAGCCCAGACCGGGAAGGAGCCUUUACAAUUGUGGACUCGGGUCAUGGGGAUUCGUUGUCAGUCUCCACUGUAGAGGUCCCUCUCACUCCCCAUGGGCACCAUCACACCGCCCUGCUUCCCAUGCAACUCUACCCACUCUCCCAGCCACUGCGAGUGGCGUUCACUGCCUCGCGCACCGCUAACUUUGCGCCGGGCAACCUGGACCAGCCCAUCGUGUUUGACCAGCUUCACAGCAACUUGGGGGAGAUGUACGACACCCACAUCGGCCGCUUCACCUGCCCCAUCAAUGGAACCUACGUCUUCAUCUUCCACAUCCUGAAGCUCGCCAUCAAUGUGCCGCUCUACAUUAACCUCAUGCGCAACGAGGAGGUGAUGGUGUCUGCGUACGCCAACGAUGGAGCCCCAGAUCACGAGACGGCCAGCAACCACGCCAUCCUGCCUCUGUUCCAAGGAGACCAGGUGUGGCUCCGGUUGCAUCGUGGUGCUAUCUAUGGCAGCACCUGGAAGUACAGUACCUUCUCUGGCUUCCUGCUGUAUCAGGAUUGA